AUGAAACCAAAAGCACGACGAAAUAAGGGACAAAAAAUCGAGACGGGAAUGAUCGGGUACACUCCAGAUACUCCACAACGCACACAAGACUAUCGCCAAAAUGACCGCCAACCCCCACAAGAAGAAGCUCAACAACAAGACCGUCAGGGAUACCAAGACCGUCCACGACAACAACCGUAUCAGAAGAGGACAAAUCAUUCGGACCAUCGCGAGAAGUUUGCGAAGUUUGAUCAAAAGGAACGCCCUGGUGACCGACAAGACAAGAAAUAUCCCAAUCGUUAUGGGAUCACUCAAGAGAAGAGAGAAGAGAUCAAAAAAGUCAACGAAGAGUUGAGAAAGAAACAUCCGACACUCUUGCCGACGGGGUUAGCUCACGAAUUCUUUAUAGACUCUCCGCAAUGCAACCCGCCCCAUCCAAAGUACAUGACCGACCAAGAAGUCAAGAACACCAUAUACUCGGCUUUUGAGAACAUCCGAUCGUUCUUUGCUUAUAAAGAACAGUACUACGAAAUCUCUUAUAAAAUGUCGCACGGUGCAGAACAGGAGGGGAGUAUCGUGUCCUUCUUUUCGCAUUUACAUAAGUCGUUGGAUGACUGUGUGAACAGGUAUUACCCACAUUCACAUCGAUACCCAAUCGAGUUGGUCUCUGUGAGCACGUCUAAAACGACUUCGAUGAGUCAGUUGCAGUUGUCUAAUGGGAGCGAGAGUGACUUCAUGUUUAAAGGCGCAUUACCACAGUUCGACUCUGCAUUCAGACUUGAGGAGAUGUUAUUGAACGCAGUCUUAUUUAAUGAUAUCAGACAAUUGGAAAUGGUUAAUAAGGACAAUGCACAAUAUAUGAGUCCCGAAGUGUCGCAAGUCUUAACGACAAAGAAGACCAAAUUGAGUAAAGCUGUUGCGGAGAUGAUGAUCAAUAAUAUGGUGGAAGUCUUUAGGAGAGAAAAGGGACUUCGGUUUGUGAAGAGAAUUUUCAGCUUACUCCCAGACGAUUUAAAGGCACAAGUGGCUGGUACGGUAGUUGGCCAACUUGCAGUGUUGUUCCAAAUGGAUAAUACGUAUCCUAAAGAGCGUUUGGAUGUCUUCACAGAGAUUGGGACAUACAUCUCUGAAGUCAAUGAUGUCAUACAAGUCUCCGAGUAUAUUGGGAACUUGUUAGAAAUGUUCGGGGAGUGUGGGAAACAGUUGCUUGGAGAAGACUAUUUCGAGAUCAUCAAAGGCAUUCUACAGAACCAAACACUCAAAAAUGAAGAACCGGAUUUGUACCAGGAGUUCUUAGAAGGAUGUUGUGGAGUGUUGGAGGAGCACACGGGCGAACUUUCGAAGGCCGUUGUAGACUUUAUUGAGAAGAUGAAAGUUUAA